AUGUCGGCGGACAUCCAACAGCAACAGCAGUCUGUGUUGUUGCAACGGCCGGUGUUCAAGAUGAACCCGGCCGCGGAUUUCUGGCAGCAACAGCGGCAACAGUACCAGCAGCAACAGCAACUCCAGCAGCAGCAGCAGCAGCAGCAGCAACAACAACAGCAGCAGCAGCAGCAGCAACAGCAACAGCAACAACAGCAGCAGCAGCAGCAACAGCAACAACAGCAACAGCAGCAGGCGGUUGACUCUUCGCCGUCGCCACAACCUCAGGCGGCGCCACCGCCGCCCACGCUGCAAGUCAACCAUGACCAGCAGCAAGUUCCAUCCUCCAUCGUCGGAGUCGGACAACAACAGCAGCAGACGCCGAACAGCGUACAGGUGACGGCUGACGAGGCAAUCGCCAUAGUCGCUCAACAAGUCGCACAACACCAACAACGACAACAACAACAACAAGCGCAAAACGUCGAGAUGACCGACGACACGGACGUAAUCGUCGGACAACCGUCACCGGCGGCUAUCCGCGCAGCCGUCCAGCAACAGCAACAGCAGGACUCGUCAUCAGCCGCAGGACUGGCUGGACAACCAACGGUCGCCGGCGACCCGUCCGUAUCCGUCGUCAUCAACCAGAACAAUUCUCUUGUGCUGAGCGACCCAAAAAUGAUGACCGAAAAAUUGGUCAGCGAACUACAGAACCGAUCGAUAUCAGACCGCACUCUUGAAGAAUGCUGGUCCACUCUUCAGCGAGUCAGCUGGAACGUCUUUCGUUCAAUAUUCAUGCAAAAGUCGGCGGCCAUGCAGAUGCAGGCUCGCGACUUCGGCCGGCCAGGCAGCAUCGGUGGUAGUUCGUUAAGUGGAAGUGGCCUAGAAGUGAGCAAACCACACCAGUGCCAGCAAUGUCUCAAGUCGUUCAGCUCCAACCACCAGCUGGUCCAGCACAUUCGCGUCCACACCGGCGAAAAGCCGUACAAGUGUUCCUACUGCGAGCGCCGAUUCAAACAGCUCAGCCACGUCCAACAGCACACCAGACUGCACACAGGAGAACGACCUUACAGAUGCCACUUGGCCGAGUGCGGACGAGCUUUCAUACAGCUGUCCAAUCUGCAGCAACAUCUCCGCAACCACGAUGCCCAAGUGGAGAGGGCCAAAAACCGGCCGUUCCACUGCACCAUCUGCGGCAAAGGUUUCGCCACCGAGUCCAGUCUGCGCACCCACACGGCUAAGGAAGCUGAACUUCGCAUGGAUGUGCUCCAACAGCACGCCGCCUUGAUGGGCGGUGCGAGCACUACGUCUUGUCCGCUGUGUCAUAAAUUGUUCCUAGGUAGCGAGUCACUGGUCGAACAUAUGAAAGUCCACCACAACGAUCCAACCACCGUGUCGCAGGCCGUCGUACAAAGUUACUCGGAUAUCGGUACUGGUCCGUACAUGGCCAAACGUCGAACGGCCAACCAUCCCUGCCCUGUGUGUGGUAAACACUACGUGAAUGAGGGAAGUCUGCGUAAACAUUUGGCUUGCCACCCGGAAACAGCUCAGUACGCCCAGCUCAGGAUGUGGCCGUGUUCUGUUUGCCAAGCCGUAUUCACCCACGAAUCAGGCCUGCUAACACACAUGGAACACAUGCGCAUGGACCCCAAGCAUCAAUUUGCUGCGCAGUACGUUCUGAGCAGAGCGGCUGCUGAACGCAGAGAACGAGAAAACUUCCUGGCCGCCGUGACGGCCACUAACAGCAUGGGUGGCCCCGCCUCACCCCAUUCUGUUCACUCAGAUUCAUCUUCAUCUAACAACGGCGAAGUGGACGGUCCCAGUGGAGCUGGUUCUACAGGUUCAGUUGGCACUGGCACCAAUAAUUCUGUGGUUGCUGCGGUGGCCGCGGCCGCGGCUGCAGCUGCGGCUGGCGGUAACGUCGUUGUUCCCACGGGUGGCCGGCUAUCCGUCUCACCAGCCGACAACCAAAUUCCGUUAGUGUUGCAUCACAACAACAACAACACGACGACAAACAACAACAAUAAUAACAAUAACAACAAUCCUACGGCGAUUAAGUUAGCCGAGCUGAUGGCCGCUAGAACUGGAGGCAUGAUUAGUGGUAAUGGAGGUCACCAAUACAUGAACCAGCAACCUCAGUACAACGCCAAUGAUCUUCAGAGGGCUGCUGCAUUAUUUAUGAGCCAGCAGCAAGCCCAUGCAGCCGUUUCGCAAGUUCAACAACAACAGCAGCAGCAACAACAACAGCAACAGCAGCAGCAGCAACAACAACAGCAGCAACAACAACAGCAGCAACAGCAACAGCAGCAACUUCAGCAAAACCCACCAUCGCCGUCACACUCACCGCGAUCUGCACCACCAACCCCGGCGUCUGUAGUGCAAGCAGCCGCGGCCAAUCUUGCAGCGGCGGCCAUGCGUAUCACCCAGUCGAAUGCCAUGCACCAAAACCCAUUGGUUACCACUUCCAGUGGUUCCGGUUCGAACUCGUCAGUCAACUCGAUGCAAUCGGCCGUCCAGAUGGCCAUGAACGCAGCCGUCCGGGCUUCCAUGUCAUCCAUGGUUGACGGCCUCGGUGGUGGACACCACCAGCAGUCCGGUCACCAGUCCAUGCUCCACCACCACCAACAGUCCAACCACGAGCAGAGCUCACCGACGUUACGUAUGCAAGAGGCCAUACUUAGGUCUCAGGCCGAGGCAGCACUCAGGUUAGCCGUAUCGCAAGCCGUGGCCGCGUCGUCGGGCCAGCAACAGGUACCCGAACAGAACCGGCAGUCAUCGGUGCAACAGCAGAACGCACAUCAGACACAGCAGAACGUGGCAAUCAACUACAACGCCAUGGCGCAAGGGCAACUGAUGAACGGACAGAACCCUUACCACCACCAAGGCCAAGUGUCGCCUGAUCUAUCAGAGGCGCUCAGGCUCCAGGAACAACGGCUCGAACAGGCACUUAGGCUACAUGGUGGUGACCCAAGGGCUCUAGGCUUCAGUUUCGGUAACACCCAACAGGGCCAUAUCAACCCAUGA